CUGGACUCAGUAUCAAGGCGCCAACACUGAAAUGAGGUGCGUGCACUAUCUUACUGAUCCGAGUCUGCUUUUCAUCCGCUGUUCCUCUGCUCUCAUUAGCAUUCCUGGCAGCAAUCUCAUCAGCAUUCCUGGCAGCAAUCUCAUCAGCUUCCUGGCAGCAAUCUCAUCAGCUUGACUUAGCUGCAGCUCUGGUUAUGGAGGGAUGCUCUCACACCUGGAUGUCAUCAGAUUCUCAGCUCACACGGCCCCCCUCAUUCACCAUUCUCCAGAAC